UGGUGGUAAUAUGAAAAUGAAAUGGAUUGGUUGCUUGCCAGGUUUCAUUUCAACAAAUUUUUAAUGUAGGAACUCUAAUGUAAAGACUUUACCACCUCCUCAUCAAGCUUAAGUCACACAUGACAGGGUAGCUAAUGAGCACGAAAUCUCUGGUCAGAGCAGCACCAGUGUUUCCUGAUAAAAGGAAAAAGGUGAAAAUCAAUUCCUCCCAAAGAAUGGGCUGCUCCUGGAUCUCUGAUCGGGAAACAGUGCAAUGAGGGACGGGUCUCUGUAGGAUAGCAGCCGAUGUGCAUGUGUGUGUGUUUAAGUGAGGACGUGGCUACAGAGCUAUAACUGUAUCCUCAGUCAGACGCAGCUCAUCCUCGGGACAGGGGACCAAAUACCAGAAUCCAAUCGCCAUGGAGCUGCAACUGUUCGCCACGGCCUGUCUCCUCUUUGGCAGGAUAAUGACAACGCAUCAAACUCACAUGAGCUUUUUGACUACGUUUCUGUUCGCUCCACGCGGACCUCAGAUGUUUCCCUGUCUAACUUACCUGGAGCGAAAUGUCAGGGUGGAUUGUGAGUUUCCACCCACCUACCAGGUCCCCGGACCCUACUGUGAGUAUCGGCAGGACAGCCGGCUGGUGGGCAGCACCUUCCCCAAUGCUGUCGUGUAUGUGUCCACAGAGGACCGCAGGAGGAGCAACGUCAGCCUGGUCACUCCCACUCUGUGCCGCCUCACCUGGGCUCCGCUGGCUGAUGAGAGGCCUUUCACCUACACCUGCAGGGUUUACCAGGGCAACAGCUGGAAGGAGAACAGCAUGGCCGUCCAUCACAGGAUCCUUCCAAUCUGCUCUGCAAUCAGUGUAAUGUUUAAAUCAGCACCAUGGCUUUUGUCACUGGUGAUGUCACUUCCUGUGGCUGUGGGUCUUCUGAGUCCAUGAACUCUCGCUUUCACAGGGUAACAACUCAAUAGGCCUCUCUGACAUGAUUUGUGGUUUGGUGGUUGACUCUAUGUGGGAUGAUUUUAUUUUCUGUUAUUUUAUUUUUUUUAGGCAGAGAAUAGAAGCCAUGACAACCACCUCUCGUUGAGCAUUGGACUAUUAUUUAGUAGACCUCAUUAUCACCAUUGUACCUUGAACACCAUUUUUUCAAAAGAGGAAACAAAUCAUGACAAUAUCAAAUGAAUGACAUUGCAGACUGAUGUAACAGCGAACCGUGUUCAUUUUUUAUUAUAAUGGCUGUUUAAAAAAUCAGAUUACAGUUUUUUUAAUCUGUUGUCUUGAUCAGGUCUCCCUUGUAAAUAAGAUUAAUUAUGACCUAUCCGUAUAAACAAAAAUUUCGUUAAUGGCCAAAUAAAUGUUCAUUUUGUGGUUUUGUAUUUUAUUUUUGAAGAAAAACAGAUGCUUCCUAUAGAUUUAUAUUGCAUCUUAUUGAUGUUCUGAACACAAAUGGGUUUGAUUAUAUACAGUGAAAUUAAACUUGGAGAUCUUCUCUCAACACUAAAAGAAUGGAGAUCAUUUUGAUUGGAUUGGAUCUUUACAGAUGCAUCAAAGAGUGAAAAUAUUGCAGCUUUAUGUCUGUCAGUUCAGCCUCCUACUUAAAUUCAAAUUAUAUCACAGUCUCACUGGUUUGCUCAACUAUAGAUAUGUUGUAUUCAGGUGGCUGAUAUGGCUUUUGAGUAACACUAAUGAAUAACUGCUCAAACACUGCCUUUCAUGCUAGCAAUGCUAAUCUCAGAUCUCAGAUUUAAAUAACAAGAGUUCUGCACACUAGACCCCAUAUGAGGUUCACCUGGUUAUAACAAAGCAGCUCUCUUUUCUACUCCCCCACAGGGCAGUAUCAGUGUUGUUUCCCCCCUUGGACAGCAAUAAGACAAAUACCUAACGUGACUGGUAUGAUUGUUCCUUACCUUUGGAAAAAUAAUGUCAGUUUCACGCAUUGCUUUCAUGCUAAUCUGCCCUACAGCCUAAAAAGACAUGUAGACUUGUGACCGUUUUAACUGCUAGUUUGCAAAGUCAAUGAUGUGGAUGAGGCAGGGUUUUUAGCUCCGUAGCCUUGAGAGUGACACUGCAGCUGAAUGAAUAACCUGUUUCUUUAUGCAGUUCAAGUAACAACUGAUAGACAGGCAUUGCCAAGAUAGUAUAUGGUGAAAAGAAGAGAUGGUGGAAAUGUAAUGUUUUGCACAAUAAAUAUUCACUCUAAUAAUCCUGGUGUGUUUAAAUUCGACAUUGCUCUCCACCAAUAAAAGUAUGCAUGUGUGAAGUAUGACAGAAUAUUGUAACUUUAUGUUUUUUUCAAAGCUGCUGCCAUUUAAAUAUAUUAUGUUAAAACAAUAACCACACUGUCUAAACACACACAUUUUAGACAUUUGAAGUUCAAGCUUGAUGCUAUUUUUUUACUUCGAUGUCACAUUUCUGUUUUAUGUUAUUUUUGGAUGCUAUGCCACUCAGUAUUAUUUGCAAAGUAGUACUUGUAAUAAAGAUGUCUUUAUAUUUUUCAAA